AUGCUUCAAGAAAGAGUAUUUCAUAUUAACGACCGUGUCUGGCUAAAGACUGGAGCUAACACGUGGUGGCCGGCAAAAGUCACUUCAGUUACCGGUGUGGAGGGAGUUGACGGAAGGUCGUCAGAAACUGGCACAUCUACGGUUACCGUUCUCACGUAUCCAGGAACCCAAAAUAAGGCCACCUAUAAAAAUGUUGACAGCCACUCCUCCGCCAUUACAUUUUUUGAGCCCUCAUCUGAGAAAGCCGUCACCGCCAAUGAGGAUCUUCUGCAAGCUAUUCGUAACGCAGAGGAGGACAAGGAGUCCAACGCAUUGCGAUUUGAGCCGACUCAUUCAAAAAAUACGGCGCCGAGGGGAACAUCACAGAGGGCGUUUUCGACAAGCGGGCGAGCGGGUUCGCUUAACAAUGCCACUCAGCAAACUGCAGGGGGCAAACGCAGCCGUGAGGUGAGCCGGAUGCGACAGAGGAGUACCGGCUCUCACUUAUCCCCCGCAUCGGACGACGCACUGGUGCAAUGGAAAAAAGAUAUUGAUGAAGCCACUGAUAACUGCGACGGGGCUCUGCUUACCAGCACGCUUCUGAAACUUGCGAGCGUCAGUGUUACACUCCGGCAGCUUUUGCGCACAAAAAUUGGUGUGUCGGUUUCAAGGGCCUUGUCAAAAAAGGAUCUAGAAGAACAAAGGAGCCUGGCUACUUGUAUCAUCUCCGCUUGGACAGCCAAACUACCGGAGGAAACUGUGAGAGCAAUUGAAGAGUACAACAAGUACGAGCAGGAAGCCAAAAAAAGAGGGGGGACGGCGCGGAGCGGCGGUGCACGCCAUAACAAAAGACGGGGAACCAUUUCCAGUUCACAAACGAGGGAGGAACGGGAUGUGGCAACACCGUCAACAAGUGAAAGCGUGGGCAACCCAAUUACUAUUGGAGGAGGGGCACAACCACAGUUUGUUGACCGGGUGCAGAAGCUGCUUCUCCAACCGGGGGAUCCGCAUAGUUUUAGUGUUAGAAGUGAUGAUCUCAGAUCUGUAGCGGAAAAAAUAUGCGCUGAGGUAACAAGAUCGGAGGACCGCAUGUAUCUUUUGGAGCAUUUGAGUAAACCGGGGUUAUCAGAAAUACGGCGCAGGCUGGCGAUGGGGGAGCUGAGUGGAAAGGAUUUUCUCGAACUCAGUCGCUGGGAACUAAUGACGCAAGAGGAAAAAGAGGACGCAGAGCGCCGAACUACGGAGAAACUAAGAAACUUGGAAGAAACCGAGCGGUCGCUGUUGCAUACCACCUCACUUUUUGAAUGCCCGGAGUGUCACGGAAGGGAAUGUGAAUGGAGAGAACUACAGAUCCGGUCAGCGGAUGAACCGACAACUAAAUUUAUUAAGUGCAUUAAGUGCAAACAUAAUUGGUCAGAGAAUUAG